UGAGGCGUAGGACCCGUUGGAGGAUUGUAGCUCCUCCCCUCCUUCCCCACCAGUCACGGAUUGGGUGCACUGUUUCUACGUCCGGAUCCUGUUGGUUUCCGUUUUUUCCACGGAAAGUGGAAUUUUAAUUUUCUUGACUGAAGGAGAGGUGACUUUAGGUCUGGGGGAGAGUCGGAUAAAAGGAGGUGAAUGGUAGUUUCACCCACAAGGUCUCCGCUUUUCCGACCUUGUUCUGUGCCAUUUCUUCAUCUCCCCAUCGUCUAGCUCGUUCCACUUCAUCCUAAUCCUUCUCCCUCCCACCUAAAUCUUUGUGGACUCCUCCGUUCCUUCUCCAUAUCCCACCUAAAUCCUUGUGGACUUCUUCUCCCUUUUCCGAGGAGAUAAGGGGUGUUGUAUUAGACCAUGGAUCCUCAACUGUACAGGGCUGCACAACUUGGUGACAUCACACUUCUCAGACUAGUAGUGAAUGAAGAUCCUAGUCGGCUGCUGCAAGUAACUCCACAAGAGAACACGGCCAUUCACGUCUCUGUGAGUUUUGGUCACACAGACUUCGUGAAAGAAGUCUACGCUGCGCUUCUCCAACAUAAUUCAAGUUUAGAAGGUGACACGGAGUAUAGGAGAAGCUUAUCACUUCUCACACAGGUGAACUCCAAAGGUGAUACUGCUCUACAUGUAACGGCAAGAGAAGGCCAUGUUUCCAUAGCUGAAUUUCUCAUCGAAAAAAUUCUGCCUUGGCCUUCUGAUCAUGAUGUCGAAAGUGGAAAUGGUUCACUUGCUCGUGAGAAAAUAAGGGUGAGAAACAAAAGCAAAAACACAGCCCUUCACGAAGCUGUUCGAAGAAAUGACCUUGUGAUGGUGAAUUUGCUUAUUAGGGCAGACCCUGAUGAUUUAGGGCAUCCCAAUUAUAAUUCUGACGCUGAAGGACAUGGGGAGUCUCCACUCUUCCUAGCUGCUAGAGGUGGAUACUUUAAUAUUCUCAACCUAAUAUUUCACAUUUGUCCAUCUCCAGCUCACGGUGGGCCACAUGGCCGGACGGCUUUACAUGUUGCCGUUGUUGAGGGUCAUCUAGAUGUGGUGAAAUUACUAUUAGAGAAGAAAGGAGAACUAUUCAAUAAUGUAGAUGAAAAUGGAAGGACAGCUCUCCACUACGCGGCAUCCAAAACAUGGGGCCACAAGAUAGUUCAGCAGCUGCUAAGGCAUGAUCCUUCUAGUGUGUAUCAAUUGGAUAAAGAUGGUCUCUCACCACUUCACAUCGCGGCUCUUGAAUCAAGCAUUGAAGUAUUUCGAGAGCUCGUCCAAAGGUGCCUAGAUUCUGUGGAGUUGCUGGACAAGAAACGUCGCAAUGUUGUUCAUUUUGCUGUGAUGAGUAAGAACUUACAGAAAAUCAGGUAUGCCUUACAGCAACUAGGGCUUAAGGAAAUCAUAAACCAAGCAGAUGAUGAUGGAAACACCCCAUUCCACCACGCGGCCAAACAAUGCUCUUUGGUUCUUAUGGGACAUUUUAGUUCAAAUAGAAGAGUUGACCUAAACGCCACGAACAAUAAUGGACAGACAGCUACUGAUAUUUUUGUGAACCUGAUCCCUACAGACAGAUUAGCAGUGACUCUUGGCUUGAGUAUGAUUAACCUACGUACCAGGGCAACAACUUCUUUGCGAGCGGACUAUGCACUAAGUGUAAGAGGAGAAGAAAAAUGGAGAAUAGGAGGAGCAAACGAGGAGAAAACACUCACUGACCCGAAUAAUAAGCAAGAGGAAGUAGCAGCAGCAGCAAGAUCAGAAGUUAAACAACGUGAAAAGGAAAUGGGAAAAAUCCUCCAAAUAGUAGCAUCUCUUAUUGCCACCGUCACCUUCGCCGCAGUUUUUCAAGUCCCCGGUGGCUACAAUAGCGAUGGAAAACCAAUGCUCUUGGACAAUGGAUCCUUCCAAAAAUUUCUACAAUACGAUGCCAUAGCUAUGGGUUCAUCAGUUGGCACUUUAUUUGUUAUGCUCAUCGCAUCAGUUGGGAGCGACCUCUUUUAUUCUUUGUCGUUGAAAGUAGCUAGAAUUUUAAUAUACAUAGCCCUUAUGUGCACCACAAUAGCAUUCUUGGAGGGCUUCAGGGCAGUAUUACCUCAUUGUGGUAGUCUUCUUUGUUUUUCUGGGCACUCAACCCGAACCUUUUCGAUUAUCGCAAUCUCUGUUGUAGUUUUUAUGAUUUAUUUUCCGUUAUCGGCCGUCAUGGACCAUUUUCUUUACCCAAAAUUGGAAAAGCUAGUCCGAAAAAAUGUUCUAGUCUUGUAAUCUACUAUUAAUGUAGUGCUAUAUACCAGCCUACCAUGCCUUUCAUUUUGAAGGUUUUCUA